AUGGAAGGAAAAGUUUGUGAGACAAUUCAUCGAACACUUUGCGCUCAAUUUCCUGAAGAGAGGAGGUUCAAAAGUCAGCAGAACGAAGGCAGAGCCGAAAUUCGCAAAGUCUGCAGUGAGAUGGAGAAGAAGAAGAAAGGAAUGGAAAUCCAAGGAUACCCGAUCGAUGGAUUGUCGAUUGGAGGGCACGAGACUUGCAUCAUAUUCCCAUCUCUUCGUCUAGCUUUCGACAUCGGUCGUUGCCCUCAUCGCGCCGUUUCUCAGGACUUCCUCUUUAUCUCCCACUCUCACAUGGAUCAUAUCGGUGGAUUGCCAAUGUAUGUUGCGACGAGAGGCUUGUACAAGAUGAAGCCUCCGACGAUUAUAGUCCCCAAGUCCAUUAAAGAGUGUGUCGAGAGUUUGUUCGAGGUUCACAGAAAGUUAGAUUCUUCAGAGCUAAAGCACAAUCUUGUUGGCUUGGACAUUGGGGAGGAGUUUGUUAUAAGGAAAGAUCUCAAAGUGAAAGCCUUUAAGACUUACCAUGUCAUCCAAAGCCAGGGUUAUGUAGUUUAUUCAACUAAACAGAAGCUCAAGGAGGAGUAUAUUGGCCUUCCUGGAGAUGAAAUCAAGAAGUUGAAGGCUUCAGGUGUUGAGAUCACAAACAGCAUAACAACUCCUGAAGUUGCUUUUACGGGAGAUACAACGUCGGAUUUUAUAGUUGAUGAGAAUAAUGCUGAUGCUCUCAAGGCAAGAGUUCUUGUCAUGGAGAGCACGUUUCUUGAUGAUUCGGUAACCGUAGAGCAUGCGAGAGAUUAUGGACAUAUCCAUUUAUCCGAGAUAGUUAAUAAUGCUGAGAAGUUUGAAAACAAAGCCAUCUUGCUGAUUCAUUUUUCAGCUCGGUAUACAGUAAAGGAAAUCGAAGUUGCGGUUUCUGCAUUGCCACCACCGUUAGAGGGACGUGUGUUUGCUCUAACACAAGGAUUCUAA